AUGGUGGCGUGUUUUGCGCCUAGAAGCGGACCGCGGAGCUCACCCGAGCGGGUAUUGACUCGGUUGGCGACUUGCCGCACGAUUUAUCGGUAUCGACAGUACUCGUCGUCGGUAGAGAAGUUCAAAGAGGAGCCUAGGAUUAAUCCUGUGGGUAUUCAAUAUCUGAGUCGGUCUUUGUAUCAGCAGCUGUUCGGCGGCAGAAAGCAUAGUAAGAAGGAGGACUUUUUGGAUGCGACGAAAAGGGAGGCAUUGGUCAAUCUGUCUCGGCAGUUCUUGAAAAGUUUUGAUCUUUUGGGAAAGAAAACGUCUAUAUCGGAGCCGAUAUCCUUUCAGCUACCGAAAUUGCAGGGCAAUUCGCUCGACGAGCAUUUCCAAAAACUGGGGCAUUUUGCCUCUGAACCUUACCGAACGAUGUGCUCGGAUAAAUUCAAUGAAAUAGUACCGAGGCCUCGAGAAUGGAUCAGGACUGAGGGAUGGAUGAGAUAUGAACCGGGUAAAGAGCCCCAGCGGGUAUCAUCGCCUUUAGAAGACACCCUAGUAUUUGAUGUCGAAACACUGUAUAGGAUCUCGUCCUACCCGACGUUGGCAGUUGCUUUGUCGGAUAAAGCUUGGUACCUGUGGUGUUCGCCGUUCAUCUGUGGAUCUAGUAAGGUGGAGCAUUUGAUACCAAUGAACUCUAUGGAUCAGAAUCGAUUGAUAAUAGGCCACAACGUGGGUUAUGAUAGAGCGCGUGUCCUAGAUGAAUAUAACUUUCGACCAUCCAAGGCGUUCUAUCUGGAUACUCAAUCAUUGCAUGUUGCCUCGUCCGGCCUUUGUUCCAGACAGCGACCCCAAUUUGUCAAAAGCCAGAAGCUCAAAUCGAUUAGGGACACAAGUGAUGGGGAUGAAGAGCUUGAGAGUACGCAUCUAGAGAACCUUGAAGAGGAUCCCUGGCUCAGUGUGUCUGCGAUGAAUUCGUUAAGUGAUGUUGCCAGCUUGCAUUGCGGAAUCAAAAUGCAAAAAGAACCCCGUCAAUUUUUCGAAACUACUGAUAAAAACGACGUGAUAGAUAAUUUCCAACUGCUGGCCAAUUAUUGCGCGACUGAUGUUGAAACGACCAGUAGAGUGUUUGAUAAAGUUUUCCCUCUUUUUUUGGAGAAGUGUCCGCAUCCGGUGUCAUUUGGCGCCCUACGAUCUUUAAGCAGUUGUAUCUUACCGACUCGCCAUAAGCAGUGGAAUGAAUACCUGAGAAGCUCAGAAAGUGUUUAUCAGGAAUCAAAACUGGAUAUCGAGAGCAAGAUAAUCCAGAUAAUUGAAGACACAGUAAAACUAUAUCAGCCAGGUUCCUCUUUGGAAGCCAUUAAUAAGGAUCCUUGGAUGCGCCAACUAGAUUGGUCCAUAAAGCCAUUAAGGCUGACUAAGAAAGGUGUUCCCACGAAGAAUCAAAAGUUACCGGGUUAUCCAGAAUGGUAUAGAUCUCUUUUCCCCAACAAAAACGCCAUUAAGCCACAUAUUACUAUAAAAUCAAGAAUUAUACCAAUUUUUUUCAAACUGUCGUGGGAAGGCUAUCCGGCGGUAUGGACGGAUGAUAAUGGCUGGUGUUUUCCAGUCCCAAAUUCAAUGAUUGACAAAUUCAAGUCAAAAAACUAUGUGCUUGCUGAUGAGGGUGUCAAUGAAAGGUAUCGCAAAGAGCUUCAGGCAAAAGGUGUCGAGUCGGAAAAUCCUGGGGUUUUUUUCAAAAUACCCCACCCCAACGGGCCGGAUAAUAAUUGCAAGACACUCCUAAGCAAACCAUACAUCCAUUUUUUCGAGAAAGGAAUCUUAACUUCGGCGUCUGAAUUUGCGCAUGAUGCCUUAAAGAUCAAUUCGUGCGGCUCAUAUUGGAUGUCAGCCCGCGAAAGAAUUCUAUCCCAGUUUGUGGUUCCUCAGCCUGACUUCCCUGAGGCAUUCAAACCACUAAAAUCUUCUGAUGAUAAGCAUAAGGGCAACCAAGAUCUCGGUAUAAUUUUGCCUACUGUGAUACCGAUGGGCACUGUUACUCGCAGAGCCGUGGAAAACACUUGGCUAACAGCCUCGAAUGCUAAGUCCAACAGGAUCGGCUCAGAGCUCAAAGCACAAAUCAGAGCACCAGAGGGCUAUUGCUUCGUUGGAGCAGAUGUCGAUAGUGAAGAGCUAUGGAUUGCUUCUCUUGUUAGCGAUUCCGUCUUCAAUAUCCAUGGAGGGACUGCCAUUGGUUGGAUGUGUUUAGAAGGCAGUAAAAACGAGGGUACGGAUCUGCAUACUAAAACGGCGCAUAUUUUGGGUUGUAGUCGAGGUGAAGCCAAGAUUUUCAAUUACGGAAGAAUUUAUGGUGCGGGAGUUAAGUUUGCUGCCCAUUUGCUGAAGAAGUUCAAUCCGUCUUUAUCGGACCAAGAGGCUAAAGCAACUGCCAGCAAACUCUAUGAAAGCACCAAGGGCAAAACUAAGACAUCGAAGAUUUUUAAGAGGUUCUGGUAUGGUGGCUCAGAAUCGAUCUUGUUCAAUAAGCUUGAAAGCAUAGCUGAACAAGACGUCCCCAGAACUCCAGUGCUCGGUUGCGGUAUCACCGUUUCUCUUAUGAAGAGGAAUUUGGGCGCUAACUCAUUUCUGCCGUCGAGGAUCAAUUGGGCAAUUCAGUCCUCCGGCGUAGAUUAUUUGCAUCUUUUGGCUUGCUCGAUGCAUUAUUUGAUUGCGAAAUAUAACAUUAAUGCCCGACUCUCAAUCUCCAUUCACGACGAAAUUAGGUUCUUGGUUGCUGAGGAAGACAAGUAUAAAGCUGCUAUGGCCUUGCAAGUGAGCAAUAUCUGGACAAGAGCAAUUUUUUGCGAGCAGCUGGGCAUCGACGAUUUGCCACAGAACUGUGCGUUCUUCUCCGCAGUUGACAUAGAUCACGUAAUGAGAAAGGAGGUGGAUAUGGAUUGUGUCACACCAUCCAAUCCAAAUCCAAUCCCGGUCGGCGAGACUAUUGAUAUGAGAAAAUUGCUGGAGAUUCCCGGGAGUGCGUUAGAGGAUCCAAAAGAGUGCAUCGAAGUUUCUCAUUUUCCAUACAAGUACCGUGAGCCAGUCUUUGCAGAAUAUAAUAAGGCAUACUCAGAGGAGUUCUGGAAAUAUUUUCUGAGGAUGCAAUUGCAAAAUGCCAAAUGGAAAGUCGAUGCGCUAGAAUCAGCGUACAUUCAAGAGACGACAGAUAAAGAAUUCCGAACGGAAAACCCAGAAGAAAUGUAUGGUCUGCUUGAUUAUUUGAAAGACUUGAAGAGAGGGAAGAAAAAGAGAAUCACUAUCAUGGACAACGCACCCUUCGAACACGCAGACCAAUGGGUAGCUUAUACCAUGAGUAUGAAGGAGGAAAGAUUAAAGGGUAAAAAUCAUCAGAGACAUGCAGCAAAUCCCAGCGUAAAGAAAAAUUGGAUCCCCACGAACGUAACGGUUGGGCCUGUACAGUCGCCUACCGCGAAAUCUACCCCGGCGGGAUUCUUUGAGCAAGCGGCUUCAGCGGCUGGCCGUUGUGAAGCAAUAAAAGCACAUGCUCAAGCCUCUUUUGAGAGCGGUGUGGAGGCAUCUGAUCAGCUUUCUAACCCAAUCGCGCGGUCUGAUCUGGAAUCUGCCGAUGAGAAAACAAGAGUUAGCAAUAAAAAGGUGUCCCAAAGAGGUAGAAGAAAAACCGUGGGAAACAAGAAGGCCUAUGAUAUCUUCUAUGAAUGCAUAGAUGAGUCCAGAAAACAUGCAGCAUCGAGGGAAGAAAUUUUGAACAAGACCGAUGUUGAAGAAGUUGUUAACGAUGUUCUUAACGACGCGUCCCACAAAUCCAGCAUCAGACGCAAAGCCAGGCGCCCAAAGACUAAAAAAACUGCUACUCAGAGUGUCAAAAAAGAUGGCAUAAGAAGUAGCACCCUUUUCAAAGAGAUGAACAAUACAUCGAAAGAUGAACUGCAAGCCAACUCUUAA